AUGGACCCGAACAACAUUUUGUUUGACGCACUCACCGUGGGGCCGACAAACUCUGGCAACACUCAGUUCCUCGUGAACAUACGGCGUGGCCCAUUUCGUUGCAAGUUCGACUACAUGGUACUGAUAUGUCCAAGCUUUGUCCACAACAAAACCUACGACAGGUUUGUGGAUCAAGAUUCACGCAUUUUUGUCAUUGUCUUCCUGCAAGAAGAGGUCGAACUCUGACUGAAACUCAGCAGCCAUUUUUUGAGAGCACGAACACGCUCAUCAUUUUGGACGACUGCACCGCCUCAAAAGUCGGGAAAAGCCGCACUGGCCAGCUGGGCUCUCUCCGCUUUUCUGCCCGCCAUGCAGGUAUCAGCGUGUGGCUUCUAACCCAGCAGAUCACCAGCAUCGCAAAACCAUUCCACGAAAACGUGGCCAUCUUUCUGUUUUACACUCCCUUGGGCAAAACCAUGAAAGCCAUCUUUAAGGACUACGCAGGCGAACUUUCCCCUGAACAGUACAAAGAACUGAUGGCAGCGCUGAAA